AUGGAGCAAGGAGGAGGAGGAGGAGGUGGUGGUGGUGGUAAUGAAGUGGUGGAGGAAGCUUCACCCAUCAGCUCAAGACCUCCGGCGAAUUUGGAAGAGCUUAUGAGAUUCUCAGCCGCGGCGGAUGACGGUGGAGGGUUAGGAGGAGGAGGAAGCUCGUCUUCUUCGUCGGGAAAUAGAUGGCCGAGAGAAGAGACGCUUGCUCUUCUCAGGAUCCGAUCCGAUAUGGAUUCUACUUUCCGUGACGCUACUCUCAAAGCUCCUCUAUGGGAACACGUUUCCAGGAAGCUAUUGGAGCUUGGUUACAAACGCAGUUCCAAGAAAUGCAAAGAGAAAUUCGAAAACGUUCAGAAAUACUACAAACGCACUAAAGAAACGCGCGGUGGUCGCCACGACGGUAAAGCUUACAAAUUCUUCUCUCAGCUCGAAGCUCUCAACACUACUCCUCCUCCUCCUCCUCUUCCGUCUUCCCUCGACGUCGCUCCUCUCUCCGUCGCUAAUCCCAUCCAACAACCGCCUCCUCCUCCUCCUCCUUCUUCUUCUCAAUUCUCAGUAGUCUUCCCUAUACCACAAACGCAACCGCACACAGUCUCCUUUACACCCAAUCCAGCUCCUCCUCCUCUUCCUCCGAUGGGUCCCACAUUCGCCGGCGUUACAUUCUCGUCUCACAGCUCGUCAACAGCUUCAGGAAUGGGGUCUGAUGAUGACGAUGACGAAGACGAUAUGGACGUUGAUCAGGCGGGUCCAAGCAGCCGCAAACGCAAACGUGGUAACCGCAGCGGUGGCGGCGGCAAGAUGAUGGAGUUAUUCGAAGGUUUGGUGAGACAAGUGAUGCAGAAGCAAGCGGCGAUGCAACGUAGCUUUCUUGAAGCGCUCGAGAAGAGAGAACAAGAGCGUCUCGACCGAGAAGAAGCUUGGAAACGCCAAGAGAUGUCUCGGUUAGCUCGAGAACACGAGAUCAUGUCUCAAGAACGAGCAGCGUCCGCGUCUCGCGACGCGGCAAUCAUUUCAUUAAUCCAAAAAAUUACCGGCCACACCAUUCAGCUACCUCCUUCAUUAUCAUCACAACCGCCUCCGCCGCAGUAUCAACCGCCACAGCCGCCGCCACCCGCCGCUAAACGUCCAGAACAACCUCAGUUACAACCAAUAAUGGCGAUUCCACAGCAACAGAUUCUUCCUCCACCUCAUCCUCCUCCUCCACCUCCACCUCAUCAGCAAGAUCAAAAACAACAACAAGAGAUGGUCUUGGGCUCAGAACAAUCAUCUUCACCGUCAUCAUCGCGAUGGCCAAAGGCGGAGAUUUUAGCGCUGAUAAACCUGAGAAGUGGAAUGGAGCCAAGGUAUCAAGAUAAUGUACCAAAAGGACUAUUAUGGGAAGAGAUCUCAGCUUCGAUGAAGAGAAUGGGAUACAACAGAAACGCAAAGAGAUGCAAAGAGAAAUGGGAAAACAUAAACAAGUACUACAAGAAGGUUAAAGAAAGCAACAAGAAACGUCCCCAAGAUGCUAAAACAUGUCCUUAUUUUCACCGUCUUGAUCUUCUUUACCGCAACAAAGUGCUCGGUAGUGGUAGUGGUGGUGGUGGUGGUUCUAGCACGUCUGGUCUACCUCAAGACCAAAUAUCAACAGCACCAAAACAGAGCCCGGUCUCUGUGACGGUGAAGCAGCCGCAAGAAGGAGUUGUGAACAUUCAUCAAAGUCUUGGUUCAGCUUCAAGUGGUGAGGAAGAAGAACCUAUAGAGGAAAGUCCACAAGGAGCUGAAAAGCCAGAAGACCUUGUGAUGAGAGAGCUGAUGCAACAACAACAACAACAACAAGAAUCAAUGAUAGGUGAGUAUCAAAAGAUUGAGGAAGCUCACAAUUAUAAUAACAUGGAGGAAGAAGAAGAAGAGGAGCUUGAUGAUCAAGAAGAGCUAGACGACGAUGAGAAAUCCGCGGCUUAUGAGAUUGCGUUUCAGAGCCCUACAAACAGAGGAGGCAAUGGCCAUACCGAGCCACCUUUCUUGACAAUGGUUCAGUAA